GGAGGUGCAAAGACACUUAUGAACACUAUCAUGCAGUUGAGAAAAAUCUGCAAUCACCCAUACAUGUUUCAGCAUAUCGAGGAAUCCUUUGCUGAGCACCUGGGCUAUUCAAAUGGGGUCAUCAAUGGGGCUGAACUGUAUCGGGCCUCAGGAAAGUUUGAGCUACUUGAUCGUAUUCUGCCAAAAUUGAGAGCAACUAACCACCGCGUGCUGCUUUUCUGCCAGAUGACGUCCCUCAUGACCAUCAUGGAGGAUUACUUUGCUUUUCGGAACUUCCUUUACCUGCGCCUCGACGGCACCACCAAGUCUGAAGAUCGUGCUGCUUUGUUGAAGAAAUUCAACGAACCUGGGUCCCAGUAUUUCAUUUUCUUGCUGAGCACAAGAGCUGGAGGCCUGGGCUUAAAUCUUCAGGCAGCUGAUACUGUGGUCAUCUUUGACAGUGACUGGAAUCCUCAUCAGGUCUGUGUAGCUCUGACUUAGGUGCCCAGGCCAGGAAAAAAAAAAGACUCUGAGCAUCAUUAGUCAUAGCUAUGGGGCACAGCAAAUUUCUAAACAAGUAUUCCCGUUCUCCAAACAGGAAAAACCCAAUAUAUAAUUCUGGCUGUUUUUUAAUCUCCCUUGGAGAAGAGAUAUUGAGUUGUCAUACACAUGCCUUUGAUGUACUUUUGAAGGGCUCAAGUUUGGGUUACAAAAACUUAGUUUCUGCUUAGGU